AAACCCCUGCACUACGGGACCCUCCUGGGCAGCAGAGCUUGUGUCCACAUGGCAGCAGCUGCCUGGGGCAGUGGGUUUCUCCAUGCUCUGCUGCAAACGGCCAAUACAUUUUCCCUGCCCCUCUGCCAGGGCAAUGCCCUGGACCAGUUCUUCUGUGAAAUCCCCCAGAUCCUCAAGCUCACCUGCUCACACUCAGACUACCUCAGGGAAGUUGGGCUUCUUGUAUUAGGUUGUUUUUUAACUCUUGUGUGUUUUGUGUUCAUCGUGCUGUCCUAUGUGCAGAUCUUCAGGGCCGUGCUGAGGAUCCCCUCUGAGCAGGGACGGCACAAAGCCUUUUCCACGUGCCUCCCUCACCUGGCCGUGGUCUCCCUGCUUGUCAGCACUGCCAUGUUUGCCUAUCUCAAGCCCCCCUCCAUCUCCUCACCAUCUCUGGAUCUGGUGGUGGCAGUUCUGUACUCGGUGGUGCCUCCAGCCGUGAACCCCCUCAUC